CGGUGGGCACCCCCGGGGGGCUGGGCCGGGGCUAAACUCCAGCGUCUCUUGCUUUGCUGCUGAGUGGUGCUGUCUGUGCUGCUGGCGAAGCGCGAAUCGAACCGCUCCACUUACACCGUUUCUGGCAACAUUAGGAACAGCAUUUAAGAUGACAGCAGUGGAGAAGAUUGAGGAGCAGCUUGCUAGUCUGCGCAUAGCAAAACGUUCCGUGCUGCCCGAGGAACCUGCUUAUUUACUGGAUAUGGACCUUUCCAAACCAGCUCAGUCUGAAAGCAGCCGCUUUGUGGCAGUUUCCUGUUCCAAUCAGUCAAUUAGGGUAUAUAACAGGGAAACAUUAAACUUCCUGCGGGAAUACAGGAGCUGUCCUGGGAUGCUUAGCGGGGUCAGGUUUGCACACGCGUGUGACAGCGUCGUGUUUUCAGCGUGCGGUGACGGGACAGUGAAAUGUUGGGAUGUUCGUUCGGCGUCGCAGAAAGCUGUGCAGGUGUUUAGGGGCUACCCUUCCAACGUUUUCAUCAGUUUUGAUAUCAACUGCAGUGAUCUCAUCGUUUGUGCUGGAACAGAAAAAGCUGAAAAGGACACGUUUCUGGUGUUUUGGGAUGCAAGAGGCGUUACAAACUGUGCUGGCACAACUAAGGAGCCCUUGGGAGUCUAUUCUGAAAGUCACAAUGAUGAUAUCACAAAAAUUUGUUUUCAUCCUGUCAAACCCAACUUGGUAGUUUCUGGGUCAACUGAUGGGUUGGUUAACGUGUUUGACAUUAACAAGGAUAGUGAAGAUGAUGCUUUGAUAUCUACUUGCAAUUCAGAUUCAUCAGUAAGUUUUGUUGGCUGGUCUGGGAAAGAUUAUAAACAGGUCUACUGCAUGACACAUGAUGAGGGCUUUUGUUGGUGGGACAUUGCUCAGUUAGAUACUGAAGACCCAAUAACACUGUUGCAUGUCCUGGAUGCCAGAAACACAGUCUGCAUUGAAAAUGACAGCUUACAUUACCUGGUAGGUGGCUUGUACCACGAAAAGGUGGACAAACUCUUUCUUAUUGGGGGAACAUACACAGGAAACAUUCAUCUCAUCAAUUGUGGCACGGAUGGACUGAGCCUGGUGGGUACCCUUUGUGGAGGACACUCUGCCACUGUUCGCUCCUUCUGCUGGAACCUGACAGAUGAGUCUCUGUUGACGGGUGGAGAGGAUGCUCAGCUGUUGCUAUGGAAACCUGGGGCUGUGGAGAGGUCCUUUGCAAAGAAAACAUCUAUGAAGAGUGCUUCUUCUGUGCAGAAGAGAGUAAGAGUUCACAGCAGCUCCCUCAAAAGCAAAAGAAAAGUGAAAUUCUGAAAGUGGCUCUCUCUGCUGUGUAGAGGUUUCCUGGUGCUUCAUCUCUCAGGCAGUACUUGGCUGUGCUUUAUUUGGAGAUACUCUCUGGAAAGAACUAUGAUGCUUGAAUUUUACCUGGGAAUAUAUUUCAGUCAUCAGAGGAAUGUCUUUUUUUGUUUGUUUGUUGUUUUGUUUUUUUUUUUUAUAAGUUGCUAAUAUUAAUCAGAAAAGAGUAAAUGUUUGCUCUCAAGCUUUUGAACAAUAGAUCUUAAAUAAUAUAAAAAUGUUUCUGUGGCUGUUUAAUGUCUCAGCCAACAUUUUUAACAUAGAAUCAUAGACCUGUGGCUUGCAUAAUUUACCUUCCCACUGAAAUUCCCUGGCAUAUUUUAAAAAGCUUUUUGUAUUUCAUGCUAUAUUUUGCUUUCUUUAUAGAGAACUUAAUGAAAUUGCUCAAUAUAUUAAAAAGAUUUUAUGUCACA